AUGAAGAGACCAGAUCAAAGCGCAUCGCCCACAAUCGAAAGGCGCAUAUGUCAAAUUAAAUUGCAUCGUCUACGUAAGCCGUAUAGGACUGUUAGUGACCGAAAUAUCCUGAACUUCAUCAGGAUGGUUAAUCCGGAAAUACGCAGUACUUCGCUGGUCUGCGAGGAUUGCUAUAACACUGCGAAGCAGAUCUACUUGCCAAAGCUGCGGCUUUUAAAAGCGAAACGAGCUGCGAAGAAAGAUGAAGUACAAACCGACUCCAUAUCAGACGUAAGCAGCGUGUUGAGUGCGGUAGUCUCAGCUCCAUCGACAGUCUCGGCUCCAUCGACAGUCUCAACAUCCAGUCAGGAGCAGCAGACUUCGAAAACAUUGGGGGCCAAGCGCGGACGCGAUGAUGACGACGACGACGACGAUGAAAUGUUGAGUCUGAAUGCUUUUAAUGGGACACGAUUGCCGCAUAUUCAACCCAUUCCCAAGCGUCGUAAAGAUGCUCUUGACCAUUUGGAUCCCUUCUCUCGGAGCAUAUUACAGCAGGGAAUAAGAGGAGGCUGA